GGCGGGAGGAGGCCGGGGAGAGAAGAAAUGGGUCAGGGCGCAUCGUCGUUUGGGUAUCAGGUGUUCAAGGUACAUCCGCAGUCGCCGGCUGCUGCCGCUGGACUGGAGCCGUUCUUUGACUUUAUUGUGGCUGCGGACGGGGUGACGCUCGAGGCCGAGGACGAGACGUUUGUCAACAUCCUCAAAGCCUUUGUGGGGCGGCCGCUGGUGGUGCAGGUGUAUUCUGUGAAGACGGGCCUUGUGCGGGACGUGGUGCUCAUUCCGUCGCAGACCUGGGGUGGGACGGGCCUGCUGGGGCUCUCGAUCCGGUUCUGCCCGUACGAGAAGGCUGACGAGCUGGUGUGGCACGUUCUCAACGUGCAGGCCAAGUCGCCUGCGGCCGAGGCUGGGCUCAUAUCCGAGCUGGACUACAUUGUGGGCGCACGCGAUGCGAUUUUCAGCUCUGAAACGUGCCUGUUCAAACACUUGGACGCACACGUGGGACGCGCUGUGGCGUUGUACGUGUACAACAGCGUGACCGACGAGGUCCGCGAGGUCCAGCUGCGGCCGACUCCCAACUGGGCUGGCCCGGACAAGGCGUGUGGGACGCUUGGCUGUUCGAUUGCGUUUGGGGUGGAGCAUCGGAUCGACUUUAGCGCAGCCAGGCAGCCGCCGCGUGGGCCGACCCCUGAACUAGCGCUGGUGGCGUCAGCGCAGCCCGGUGGGGGCAAGCGGUCGCGGGCGACCGAGCACACGACGCUCUCACGGCUGCCUGAUGCGCACCAGUACGACCGCGGCGCGGACCUUGAGCCUGAGCCUUUGACGCCUGACGGCGAUCUUCCGCCGGCGGCGCUUGGCAACUCGGCCCCAUCCGCCACUGCGGGCGAUGGGCGCCAGACCAUCCGGAGCGCCAUCCAGUUUGACUACACCUACGACUACCGGCUGCCUGGUGAGGUUGUCCAGCUGCCAGACGACCUUGUCUCCUACCGUGACAAUCCGCGACUCUUCCUCGCUUCGGCUCGCGACGGCAAUGACGGCUGGGCGUCGGGCAGUGACGAGGUCUUUUCAUACACCGAGUCGUCAUAGCCACAUGUCAGAGGUGGCAAGUAAAACCUCGGGCCGGCACA